AUGGACUAUGGGCUGACAACAAGGGUGACGUUGAGUAAGCCGGAUGUGAUUGGGUACUUUAAAAAGGCUGUGGGGCAAUAUCCGAACCAAUUGUGUUGGAUUCAUGUACGGCCGAGUUCAUUCCAGGUCGUGCAUUCUGACCAAGAACGCUCGUUUGUCUGGUUAAUAGAGAUCGACCGAAGCGAAUUCAGCGAAUGGAAUGUGACACAUGCCCUAUCCGCAGCCGUGCAGCCUGCAGAGAUCUUGGGUGCUCUCAGCAUCGCCUUUAACGACGUUGUUCUAGAGUUCGUUGAGACUGAAGACGCCAUACCGCAAGUUCGACCUGGACUCUACAUUACCGUCAUCAACCAUCAGUACAAUGACCGCACACUCCUCGCACUCAACUCCGAACCCCUCUCGAGACAACCUGUUCAGGCCACCCGAAAACUCUACAACUGGCUUGGUGCUGCCAAUCACGCACCACGAGGUCAUUUCCUCUGCCUUCCUGCCACUCUUCAAUCCGUUGCCAAGGAGCCACUCAUCGCUGCAGCCCCCGGCCUCGUCUUAGUCCCCCCUCUUCUAACCAACCGCAAACACUCCAAGUCCAACGACCCUAACGACCACCACCGUGACCCUAACGACCACCCUGACCCUAACGACCACCCUGACCCUAACGACCACCCUGACCCUAACGACCACCUGAACCCUUGCCCGUCUCCACCGCCGUUGACACAAGACCGAGAGGGUAUGGACACGGCGGGCUGGAAGUACUGUGUGCCCAUCGCACGACGGUCCACCCGAUUACCAGCGGUCACGAGUGAGUUUCUUACAGCAGUCGACCGCUCGAGUGUCGACCCGGCCCUGGCUACAAUUCUUCGACAAUGGCCGCACGGCCAACAAAUCCACGCCGGGCUCUUGUACAAGCUCGCGCAAUUCGCACCGAGAUAUGAACAUCUCCUCGUCCAGUACACCGGCGGAAAUCUUCCUCUCACCAUUUCCUGGGGCAUUGGUGCCCGUCUCGAGACUCGACGCUUGCGCCGUAAAACGGAAGCUUUUACAAGUACUGAAUCGUCAGGAACCAUAACGAAAUUACUCAUCCAGACCGUCUCCCAAACGGAAAUCGAAAGUGUAUGGGGACAUCAAAGCGGCCUACUACGCAGCUCCUGUGUAGCCAUGGUCGCCGCGUUGCCUGUAGAUCUUACCACUCUCGCCACCCUUGAUCGCAACAAUCUCAACCAUCCUUUACUCUGGCUCAACGACUCACUAACCGCACCUCCCACCCCCACACGUCACUGUGAGGAACCAACACUCGCUUACUGUGAACCUACGACUGCCUCCCCUGCCAUACGCCCCAUAACCCAACGGGGUACUACGGCUGUGCGAUGGACUGACGACGAAACCACACACCCAGACACACACCUGGUGAACUCACACCUGCCGAACUCAAAUCUGGCGAGGAACAGGGCAGUGGCGAAGUCGGCCGCUAAAAAAAGUUUCCUAACCGAAGGACCCAGUAGUACACGGCUAGCUGCGAGUGAACUACUUUAUGCACCACUAGACCAUGAGGCUACCGACGCAGGUCUUGAGGGCGCAGGUGUUGGCGACGCAGGUCUUGAGGGCGCAGGUGUUGACGAGGUAUGUCUUGAGGGCGCGGGUGUUGACGACGCAGGUCUUGAGGGCGCAGGUGUUGACGAGGUAUGUCUUUUGGACGUGCCUGCGUUGACGGUCACGAAUCAGAACGAAUCUCCGAGGCAGGCGGCGGUACGCUUUAUUGGCGACCUUCCUCCCGAUUUGGAGCCUCCCGCUGAAGGGCCAGAAACGAAGAGUUCGGGUACAGAUCGGAUUUCCUUGGCCAGAGUGAAGCGGGAACGGCGACCUUUCGCGUGCACGACCGAGGAGGACCCGGCUGUUAAGAGGGCCCGGACCAGCUCAGUGGGAAGUAGAGUGCGAGAAGAUAGGAGUCAGCUUGGACUUAACCAGCUUGCUGGUGCUGCUAGUCAAGUCUCCAUAUGCUCACGCUUGCCAGACCUGGAUGGCUUGGAGGAGUUCGAGGCCGCCCUCUCGGCAGACUUUGAUGUCAUGCCUUCAGACCUCGGGGUCGCCCCCUCAAAGAUGGCGGUCAUGCCGUCAGAUCUCCAAACGUCCGAGCCAACGGAGAACAUGGUGCGUGAUGCAGCGCAAAACUCCGUAAAGAGGCGACAACUGCUUCGUUCAGAAAUGGGUGUCUUUACUAUGGCAGACGAGGACGAAAUUCUGGGCGCGACUAUGAGUCCUGUCGCGGGGGCAGUCAGCCCGGAACUUGUUAACGCGAACCUGGUUGACGCGAACCUGGUUGCCAAGAACAACACAAGGACGCCGGGAAAGAAAUCUAGAUCUAGGACCAUGCUCCAUGACCAAGCCGUCCCCUCCAGCGGUACAGGUCGGACGUCGCCUCAGCCCCAUGAUCUAAUACCUUCUCCCCCAUUGCCCUCGGCCCCGCUGCCUUCGCCCCAGGCUCAGCAGCCUGGGACACCCUGUUCGGCAUCGCGGCCGGGAGAUCUCGCGUCUACGCCGAAAGCCCGCGUGGAGGACGGGCCUGAAGAUCUAUUUGCAGUGGGCGGUGGCUCCACAGGAAAAAAGUUGUUGCGACGAACGCGGACGAGCGUCGAGAGCGAACUGGGCAGGACGCGGAUCCGCCAGGCGAGUUGUGGCAUCAUGAAAAUGAUGAGCGCAUGCGAGAAAGCAUCACUAUUCCUGCAGCCCGUUUUUGAAAAAAAUGAAGGAAUCAAAGAUCACGUAUACAAAAACCUCGCCCUCCCGAUGGAUGACCUGCUAGCCCUAUGUCCACCAGGUGUAUCCACCACCAUGCGCCCACCAGGCCUAUUGACCGUGUUUCCUUUUAGAAGCAUUACUUAUAAUGAUGUGGCUGAGAAAUAUCUGCGAGAGCAGCCAGUAAUAAAGAAUGCGCCUCUUUUGGAUGCGCUUAAAGAGAUAAAAGAGAAUUCUAGAGAUACAGAACAAUACUCGAGUUCCUUGAAGCAUAUUCUAGCGGAUAAUACUGGUGGAGACGAGGUUGCAUUGUCGGAGGUGAUAUCGGGAUUGCGACCUCAGCUUUUUAGUAACCACCGAGGUAACCUGUGUGAUGCUGGUACUGACGGGAUGGAUACGACAGCUAUGGUAGCUCAUGAGGAAUUGCAUGCAGCGCAUGUGUUGCCAUUACUGAAUGCUUUGGGUGGUCAGAAUUCUUUCCCUUCUGGUCCAGUUCGUGUAUAUCGAAUAUUGCGAUUAUCAGCUUGGGCUGAAUUGCGUGAUUUUCUCUCCAAGUUAAAUGAUACGGAGGGUAGUACGGUAUGUGCUCAAGCGUUUGUAGUAGGUUUUUGUGGUUGUUUCGAAUUGUUGGCACGUCAGUUGGUUCUGGAUGAGUUUGCUCAGCGGCCUUUAUUGGAAGCCGAUGGUUUGUCUGUGGAUAUCUUGAAGGAGAUAUCGUAUCAGGUAUGCUGUGUCUUGAAGGGUGACUUUAUGACUACAGUAUCGGAGUCUUCUAAGGAUGAUUUUCUACAAACGCGUAAGUUGUUUAAGGCGAUCUAUCAUAAGCAUUCUGAAAUGACUCGUAAGUCAGUGGUUGAGGCUUGUAAAUGUUUCGCUAAUGCGCUAGCAUUAGCGGGUCCUAGCUCUAAAAAGAUUCUGUUGUUCGAAAGAGUAUUGUUUAAAGUGUUUACUAAGCAUCCAGAAAAGAUGUUGGAACUGCUUACUGAACUAGCUAGCUGGACGACACAAGGUGUACCUAACGUAUCUUCUACAUCUAUCGACUUGGAACUCAGUGAAGGUCAAGAACUACAUUGUACACGUUGCGAACGAUCUAUCGAAAAUGGAUGCUAUAACACCGGACCCAAUUCUUUCACUUGCCUUGCUUGCGGGUACCCAUCUUCUGGCUCAUCCCAUAAUACCGACAUUUCCACCCAGGCGAAACAACCACCCAUCAUAGACGCACUUCCAACUCUCUGCUCUGUCGAAAUCAAACUACUUCCACCUAUCAACCAAGAUAUACCCAUGCACAUGGUCUUCCAUAGAGACAAUCUUAAUGCCAACGAGGACGGCUACAAAACCAUCGUCCAAAAUGGGACAACCACUCACAUGACUACCACCACCAGGACCACCACCAUAGUCACCAACUCCAUCGGCGACGUUCUAUCCAAAACAUCCAUCUAA